AUGCUGUCGGCACCUUCUACACACUACUCUCUACUCUCCCUCGAUCGAAAUGGCGAUAAUGGAAACACCUCUCAAUCGGCUGGAUCCUUUGAUUUCCUCCCGUCCGUCAGUUUCGAUGAUCUGCACACCAGUAUUGAAUCUGCUUCGACCGAUUUCAAACUUGCCCAGUUCCCUUCACCCACAGGUGAAGGAGGUAUACUUGAGGCGAAAGGCUUGACGGAUAAGAAAUCAACUGAAAGACCAAUCAUGGCACAGACCACCGGCUCAGGUCGUGGAAGUAUACUGCCUCCGCCUUCUCGGCCUGGUCGUUCGGGAUCAGUCUUGCGUCGACCGAGUACCUCGAGCAGACAAACUAGUGUGUCCUCGGUUGUGUCUUCCUCAUCGGGCACACUGGAUGCCCCUACCGCUCCCGCGGCCCUGCGGAAUCGUCGCCACAGUCAAUUCCACCCAGUUUUAAAGACCGCUGCUCCCAGGCCACCUCGGAAAUCCGUGGGUCCUGGAGUCGUCGCAGAUUCCGAUGUGGCCGCCAGGCAUGCACCUGUCAGGCGCGCCAGUGUGCUGGGCGACAAAAUUGCCCCCCGGGACUCUACAAGGCGGUCUAUUGACGGUGGUUCUGUAACGAGUUCGGACUCGACACGCAAUUUGCCAACAUCGCGGUCAAUCAAAGCAAAGUCUGUCCAGCCACCUCCGAGGACAAGUCAGACGAACUUCCUCGGGAGUUCUACCCUUACGACGGAACAAAAUCGUUUGUCGACUUUGGCGCCUCAAUCUCCACGUGUUACUGGAAAGACGGGCACCCCAUCAUCUGGCGGUGGCAAGAGGAUGUCGAUGAUGCCAGGCAGCCAUGCCACAGGAUUGGGAGCCCGCACCAUCAGCCCAACAGACACGAGAAGAAUGAAACGCUUGUCUAUGAUGCCACAAUCACAGAGCCUCAAUAUGCUUGCCAAUGCGCCCCCUCCCCCUCCACCGGUUUCCAUGGAUGUCCGUGCCGAAUCACGAUCUCCUUCCAUGAUUCCACGAAAGGCAUCUUUGACCCCUUCCUCCGCCAGAACGACGCCAGAUAUAAACAACCGAAAGUCAUAUAGCUCCGGCCUCUCGAUAGGCUCUGCGGCCAGUUAUAACACUGUGCGGACGUCUACGGGGUCUGUUCAGCCUCGUUUUCCUCCAUCAUCCUCUGCAACUCGGCUGCCGGCGCCCAAGCAUGGCAACACGCACAACAAUAAGCAAGCUGACGACAAUGAAGACGUUCCUCCUGUUCCUGCCAUACCCAAAGCUUAUGAAUCCCCAAAGGAAUCACAUGCUGAGACGUACUUCGCGGAAAAGAAGAAAUCGAGCCUCAACUCUCUCGACGCAACAAGUAUUCAUAGCAACUCGACCAGUAGCAUAUCGAUACCUAUGCAUCGUGAACCUUCUUAUGUUCAGAAAAAGACAAAUGUCAGAAAGAGCUCAUAUGCUGGGAUCUCUGCCAUUGAAGGGGAGAAGCGCGAUGCCCAUGCUAGGAAACAGCUGGAACCACUGAGACUACCGCCUCUCAAUAUUGGGCCGUUGAACUUCCCUUCCACUUCAAAAAUGAAUGGUCAAGACCCUUCUCAUCGGGAUUUCAGCCCUCCACCUUCACGUCGGAUUCCCAAGACCCCUACAACCCCUCUGACGACAUCGAAGAGUUCCUUUUUUUCCAAAAGUCGGUAUGACGAAACGUUGGAACUUCCGUCUCUUAGGAGCAGUACCUCCACUCACCAUAUUCGUCGAGUUACGCCGAGUCCUCCUGAUGGUGAUGGUAUCUCCUCGGAUUCAUCAUCUAGCUUGGUUGAGCCAAUCCAUAAAUCGAGCAUCUCGCCUUUCCUGUCGUCAUCUUUGCCCAAGGGAGGCUUUGACAUCGGGCACUUGAAGAGCCCUCAAAUUGGAGGGGAUUGCACCACCGUCACAGGAACUUUCUCUGAGCACAGUGGUGAACACAAGUCUGCUGGCCGCCAAGAACUGAACACGUUUAGGCCUAUACCCAAGUCUCCCCCACCUGAUCCGACGGAGACUCAAGGACCUCACAGUCCUUCAUCAAAGACAUCCCUUCGAAGGAAGCUCAGCUUGUCGUGGAAGCGAAGUAACUCCAAGUCCGGUUAUGGUGACACGAUCGAUAAAUUCGGCGCACAGCAAUCUUCCAACGCUGACAGCAUGCCGCCGCCUCGCAUUCCUGCCUCAGCAUCUGCCGUAGUUGGCGGUUAUUCCGGACUCAAACAGCCUCAUCCAAGCUCGAUUGCGAGUACAAAUUCUAUUGGAGCCAAUGCUGACAUGAGAAGUCGAAAGAGCUCGGCAGCAAGUCUAACAAGUCAUGGUGGCCCCAAUGCCCCUAAUCGUAUUAAGAGCGAUAUCGGGCAUGCUCAGAAAGAAGCGUCCGAUUGUUUUACGGUGCCGUCCACCAGAAUCGCUAGUAGCGUAUCGAAAAAGAUGGCCAAGCCCAAGUCUUCCGCCAACGGACUCCGUACUGUUGGUUCUUGGACGGCCGAUCCGGACAAAGAUGAUAUGGCUGCUGAGGAAGAAAUGCGAAAGCUAGGAUCUCGUCGAAAGGAGACCGAGGUUGCUGGCAAAGCGUUGGAUGCUUUGAAAAGGAAGGCAACGCCCAAGGAGCGCGUGGGAUCUCAAGACGCUAUACGAAUUGCUAUGCUGAAUAUCUAUGAACGGGGCGAAAUUAUUGAUUACAACGACGUAUACUUUUGCGGAACCCAAAAUGCCCGAAAGGUUGUGGGGAACUUGCAGUCCGACACUCCAAAUUUUGGCUACGAUGACGACCGCGGUGAUUACACUAUCAUCCCAGGUGAUCAUCUCGCGUACAGAUAUGAGAUUGUGGAUAUUCUUGGAAAGGGAAGCUUUGGACAGGUUGUUCGAUGCAUUGACCACAAGCUUGGUGUUCUUGUUGCCAUUAAAAUCAUUAGGAACAAGAAGAGGUUCCAUCAGCAAGCUCUUGUGGAAGUCAAUAUCCUUCAAAAGCUUCGCGAAUGGGAUCCCAAAAAUAGACACAGCAUGGUCAAUUUCACCCAGAGUUUCUAUUUCCGCGGUCACCUAUGUAUCUCUACGGAACUCCUGGACAUGAACCUUUACGAGUUUAUUAAGGCGCAUUCUUUUCGUGGAUUCUCCCUGAGAAUCAUUAGGCGAUUCACGAAGCAGAUUCUGAGCUCUCUAGUUCUGCUGAAGCAGCGCAAGGUCAUUCAUUGCGAUUUGAAACCAGAGAACAUUCUUCUGAGACACCCGCUACACUCUGAAAUCAAGGUGAUCGACUUUGGAUCAAGUUGCUUCGAGCAUGAGAAGGUAUACACAUACAUCCAAUCAAGAUUCUAUCGGUCACCAGAGGUAAUCCUAGGUAUGACAUAUGGCAUGCCCAUCGACAUGUGGAGUGUAGGUUGCAUUCUGGCUGAAUUGUACACGGGGGUCCCUAUUUUCCCUGGUGAGAAUGAACAAGAGCAGCUGGCAUGCAUUAUGGAGGUUUUCGGACCUCCCGAGAAGCAUUUGAUUGAGAAGAGCACGAGAAAGAAGCUGUUCUUCGACUCCAUGGGCAAACCACGGUUGACUGUAUCGUCGAAAGGCCGACGUCGUCGUCCAUCGUCAAAGACCCUUCAACAGGUUUUGAAAUGUGACGACGAAGCCUUCCUGGACUUCAUUGCUCGUUGUCUCAGAUGGGAUCCCGACAGACGACUAAGGCCUGAGGACGCCGUUCGACAUGAAUUCAUCACGGGCCAGAAAGUGCCAGUCAUCAUCCCAAGACUGCCAGCAAGGGAAGCAUCACCGUCGAAACAAGUCACCCACUUUUUAACCCCCCGCCCUCUACCUGACCCUCCAGCUUCUAUUGGGAAAGGGGUUGGUAGUUCCGCGCGGACCGGCAUCAACAGCCCGCACAAGCCGGUGUCUGGCGCUUCAAGAAGAAUCUCUGGGGCCACGGCAGCCACGGCUGCUAGCAUCAACAGACGAACUAGUGCGGGCGGCUCCAUCAGCAGCAUCAGCAGUCUACCUCGAGCCGCUGGUCGAACUGCUAGUGGCAGACAGGACCUUGCGGCAGCUGGUGCGUCAGCCGCAAUGAGCCGACGAGUAUAA